AAAAUGGCUGACUUUAACGGUCUUCUCAAUGGCGCUCCUUCUACAGAAGAACAAUUUAAACAAUUGAAUGAGCAUUUGGCUACUCGUGGUUAUCUCAAAGGGUUUCUGCCUUCGACUGAGGAUAGUUAUGUUUUUGGUGUUUUGAAGUCUUCUACUAUUUCUGCUCAAUAUCCUCAUGUUGCUCGUUGGUUUAAACACAUGCAAAGCUUUUCUGAUGCGGAGCAGACUGGUUGGCCAAAAAGUGGUUCUGGACCAGCACCGAAGGCAACGACGACAACUCCAAAGGAGGCGCCUAAGGAAGCACCUAAACCAGCAGCGGCGGAAAAGAAGAAAUUGACGGAGCAGCGGCUGAAGGCUUAUGCUGAAAAGAAGGCUAAAAAGCCCGGAGUUAUUGCCAAAUCAAAUGUUAUUUAUGACGUUAAACCGUGGGACGAUACAAUUGACCUUAAAGAAAUGGAGAAAAAUGUUCGUUCAAUUGCGACAGAUGGACUUGUUUGGGGUGCUUCUAAAAUUGAACCUGUUGCGUUUGGAAUUAAUAAACUUCAGAUUUGUUGCUGUGUUGAAGACGAGAAAGUGUCAACAGACUGGCUUGAAGAGGAAAUUCGUGGAUUUGAAGAUUUGGUUCAAUCUGUUGAUGUUGUGGCCUUUAAUAAGUGUUAUGUACUGAUUUGUGUUCUGAUUGGCUACAAUUGUUCUGAUUUGUUUCUGGUUUUUGUUCUGAUUUAUUCUGGUAUUCAAAAAGUUCUGGUUUUGUUCUGGCUGGUUGGCAGUUCUGGUAUGUUCUGAUUUUUUCUGAUUCUGAUUUUGUUCUGAUAUUUGGGAAUGUUCUGGUUUUUUCAGAAUUUCCGAUUUUUUCUGGUUUGUUUCUGAUUUUUGUGGAUGUUCUGAUCA